AUGGCUGUUGACAAACGGCCCAUCGGUCUCCUUUUCGACAUCGGGGGAGUUUGCGUGGUAUCACCAUUCCAGGCAAUCCUCGACUAUGAGGUUGCUCAUAGCAUCCCACCAGGUUGGGUGAAUUUCAGCAUCUCUCGAACGUCUCCCAACGGGAGCUGGCACAAGUUGGAGCGAGGCCAAAUCCCCAUGGAUGCCGACUUCUUCGCCGGGUUCAACGCAGACCUCCAGAAUUCAGACCUGUGGAAACAAUUCAAUGAGCAGCUAGCAAAGAAGAAGGGCCAGUCUCCUGGACCCAUUCCUCCGCUGCCAAAAGUGGAUGCAGAGUGGCUCUUCUGGGAAAUGAUGAGGAUAUCCCGCAAGCCAGAUCCACAUAUGUUCCCUGCGCUCCAGAAGCUGAAGGCCUCGGGGCAAUUCCUGAUGGGCGCUCUCUCCAACACCGUCAAGUUCCCCGAUGGUCAUGACUAUAACAAUGAUGUAUCGGGAGUGCGAUCGCAGUUCGAUUUCUUCAUCUCAUCUGCACAUACUGGACUCCGAAAGCCAGACCCGAAGAUUUACGAAGUGGCUCUCCAGGAGAUGCAGGCUCUGGCCAAGCAGCGUGGGUUGCCCGCAGUUCAAGCGUCGGACAUUGUCUUCUUCGACGACAUUGGCGAGAACUUGAAGGGCGCCAGGAAAGCUGGUAUGCGUACUGUCAAGGUGACUCUUGGUAGAAUUGAGGAUGCUGUGAAAGAGCUUGAGAAGCUCACGGGGCUACCACUGCUCGAGGAGCAAGGGAAAGCCCGUCUUUAG